AUGAGAAAAAGAUUAGGAGCAAUCCAUUCUGAUUCAGCUGAAGAAUACAUUCAACUAGCUCAAACUACUUGGAACAUGGAUCUCUUCUACUAUGAUGGCAAUUCCAAGAAACAAGAAUAAAACCUUGUGAACUUUGAUUUUGAUGAGAGGGAAACUAAUAAUACAGAAAUAGAGGAGGAAGUAUAGAUACAAGCAUAGAUGGAAACUUAGAAUGUAAAAAUACUUGUGAUGGAUGCAGAGAAUGAAGCAUAAUAUAUCUUUGAUUAUUGUGAUCGAGAAAGUCAUCAAAGGAGGGAUUUUGAUUAUGUUUCAAAGGUUGAAGUCAAUGAAAACAAAUAAAUCACUUACCAUUUUUGGAUGAACAAUCUUAACUCAACUAAAUUCACUGAGAUUAUUGAUGUAUACGUGAAAAAUUGUGAUGUAGUGAUAUAUAUGUACAACAAAUCAGUUGAAGAGCAUUAUCAAGAUUUCAUUGAAAAGAUAUCCAAAAUUAAUAAUAAGAGAUUUACUAUUUACAAAGUGAAGAAUGCUAUGAAUAGAACUCAAAGUUUUGAUAAACUAAGCGAUUAAAAUACAGAAAAUGUGAUUGCAGUGAGAAGCCUGUAAGAAGCCAUCUCUAAAACCAUUAACUAAUAUAUAUGA